AUGGAAAGCAGUCUGGCUUCAAGGCAGCAAAGUCCUCCAUCACUGAUCUGGUCUAAAAGGGUAUCUGUAUUGACCUCUUCAGUAAAGGUGAAUCUUCAUGAUGAUGCUACUUUCCCCUCCACUCAGACAUGUUCUGGUCUGGUCACGUGGACUGUGUCCCAUAAACAACAUGACAUUCUGGCUCAGUGUGACCGGAUAUCCUGUCAGUCAAAGGAGGGAUUUUACAUGUCCCAUGAUCAGUACCUGAAGGGAGAUCUCUCCCUCACCAUCACUGAUGUUGAUUACACUAAGAGGACCUGGUACACCUGUGAGUGUGGUGGUGUAGACAUCUGUGCUAUGAGCCUAGGGAUAGAGGCAUUGAGUUCUUCAGUUUGGAUCAAGUCCAAUGAAAAUCUGGUGCUGGAUUUGCCCAUAUCAGAGUCAGUGAAGGUGAUGUAUAACAGCACAGGUGCAGCUGCUCCCUCUAGUGGACAGAUCUGCACAGUGGCUGGAAGCUCAUUACAAUGUAAAGAUGAAUACACCCAGAGAGCAUCUCUUAUCUCUGCUGUUGAGCUCAGAGAAACAGCACCAUCUGAUAGUGGAGUUUACACGAUCUGGGACACCAGCAAUGAAGAGGUCAUUCACACAUACACAGUUACUGUUGACGACUGUUAA